ACUCAUGAAGCACAAGUGUGCGGGCACAACACGUGAUUAUUUUAUGCUUUUUACGUUAGGUAGGGUCUUGCGUUUUACGAUUUUUACUACGGGGCAGUAAAGUGAGUUUUUUGCUGUGACUCAGACUGCUGUUUUAUUUUGUCAGCAAGUGCUUGACGUUUCACUUUCAUCUUUUCAUUUUACCGAGGAAUCAGGAUUGCAAGCCUGAGUGAUGGCAGAGACCAAGGCAGAGACUCUCGAUGAACUUUCUGAGAAGCUCAGGUCUCAGCUUUUGCUAAUUGAUGGCAAGCCGAGCGACAAGCUGGCUCGCCGUCGGACACUGGAAGCUCUGCUGAAGGUGGUGGAGGCUGCACCCGUACCCACUGAGGCUGGUAAUGCUCCCAGUGACAGCCCGGCCCCAGAGCCUGCCCUGCCCAUCACUGAGGUGGUUCAGUGUCUGUCGGACCCGUCGGAGCGGUGCAGGGAGCUGGCAGUGUCCGUGCUGUCGGCCUGGCUGGCGCGGCUGACCGACCGGCGCCCGCUGUGGCCGCCGCUGGUGGCCGCGCUCCGGCAGAGACUGGCAGCGCCGCAGCCGCAGCCGGCUGAGCCGUCGGAGGAGGUGCGUCUGCAGCUGGUGCGGCUCGCCGGGCAGCUGGUGGACUCGGACGGCGCGCAGCUGGCGCCCUACCUGGACCACCUGGUGGCUAUAUUGGCCGUGGCGCUGGCCGACCCCAGCCCCGACCUCAAGACGGCCGCGUGCCAGGCCACCGGCCGGCUGGCGCGCAGUCUGCCGCGCCACUUUCACCUGCAGAGCGCCUCCCUGGUGACGCCGCUGCUGCGUAAUCUGGCGCACCAGCGGUGGCGCGUCCGCGAGCCCUGCGUGCGAGCACUCGGUGACGUGGUGCAGUUUGGUGACAACUCGACCGUUCGUGAUGCCGUCUCUCACAUGGCCCAGCGGAUGUUCGACCAGGUGCCGCAGGUGCGACUUGCGGUGACCGAGGUGGCCGGCCGCUGGCUCGUUGAACUGCCCGAUCGGUACUCGUUCUUCGCCAAAAUCCUGCCACUUCUGCUGACCAGCCUGCGGGACGGCGCCGCCUCCGUCAGUGAGCGAGCCGAACAGCUGUGGGAGGAGGCCGGCCGGCAGUACCUCGCCGAGAACGAGGAGGAGAACCGGCAGCUCAUCAACUACCCGGCGCCGCCCCCCGACGGCUACCCGGCUCAGUACUCUCGGCCGCCGCUGGGCUGUCGGCUGCUGGCCCAGCGCUGUUUCUGCACCCUGCUGCCGGGCGCGCUGGCCGACCUCACCGACUGGGUGGCGCCCACCCGAUUGAAGGUGGCCCAGCUGCUACACGUGCUGGUACUGCACCAGGAGACGGCCGUCACCCAGCACCUGCAGAAGCUGGUGCCGCCGCUGACGGCAGCGCUGGGGGAUGAUGAACAGGAGGUGGUGCACUGGGUGACUAGGACGGCAGAGCUACUCGGCUGUUUCGUCCCGGACUCGGCGCUCACUGAGGUGGUCCUCAAACCCAUCACCGGCGAGGGCGCGUCCACGGGUCGCCAGCUGCUCCUCCUGGCCGCCUGUCUGCGCGGCCGACCUCAGCGCCACCUGGUGGCCGAACAGGUGGCCGAGACCGUCAGCGCACGAGACGUCUGUCAGUCACACGAGCCGGAGCGUCAGCGCGGUCUGCUGGCCGUGACGGCCGCGCUGCUGGACUCGGGCCCGGACCUACCGACCGGCGCCGUACCGCCCCUGUUCGCCCUCCUGGUCACCGUGGCCGGACACGCUGACACAGAGAGCGAGACGGCGGACACCGCGGCGGCGCUACUCUCCCGUCUGGCCGAGGUGGCCGGCCGCUCUGAGGCGGCGCUCCUCUCCGAGCUGGGCCCGCCGCUGCUGCAGAGACUGGCUGAGGAUGCCGAACUGUGGACGGCAGCCAGUUCGGACCUGCUCACGCUGCUGGCCCUGCUACGGUGCUCCGCGAGUCCGCCGGAGUCUGUGCUGCGCCCGUCGCUGCCGGUGCUGGCCGCCUGCUGCCGCCCGGACCGUCCGGCCCCGCUGCGGCUGGCCUGCUUCUCCCAGCUGUGUCGGCUGGUGACCGUCUGUCCGCCGGCCGUGAUCCGGCCGCUGCUGCACAGCGUCACUGACGAUAUCGUGGCGCCAAGCCUGGUGUGGCACCCGGGCCGGUCGGACGCCGCCAUCCGCACUGCUGCCCUCGCUCUGCUGCUGGCCGAACUACAAGUACCAGAGCUGGCCGCCGCGGAGCUGACGGCCGACCAUGAGAAGCUGCUCACAGCCGUGGUUGGUCUUUUGGAGGACGAGAGCCGCAAGACCCGUCUGUUCUGCGCCCGUGCUAUCCGCUCGCUGUUAUUACUAACCCUGCCCGGGUCGCUGCCGGUGCAGCUGCUCCACAACACUGCCACUGAGCUGCUGAAGCGGCUGGACGACACUGACGGCGAGGUACGGCUGUGCGCGGCCGGCGCGGUGCCGGCCCUGGUCACCGCUCUGGGACCCGACUACUGCGGCCAGCAGUGGCGCGGGCACGUCGAACACUUUGCGCAGACGCUGUUCGUCUUCCUGGAUGACGCCGACGAGAGACUACAGCAGCUGGCGUACGAGGCGCUGCUGUCGGUGGGCCGUCUGAACGCGGCGGUGGUGUGUGAACAGACCAACGUACACCGGGACAAACAGCGCAGUCCGGCGCGCUGUGACCAGCUGCUGCGCGCGCUGACACCGGCCGGCGCGGGGGGACAGUGACCGGGCCCGGCGGCCGGCGCGGGGGGAGAGUGACCCGAUCCGGCGGCCGGCGGGGAGGGACAGUGACCCGACCCGGUGGCUGGAGUGGACUGAGGGAGAGAGUGGUGAUUAGAGCCCAGUAAAAUCACCAGGGCGAUGACUGUCGCUGUCGGUCGGAAAAAUGUCCGAUAGUCAGCGGGCCGAGGCUGUCCAUUCCGUCAAACAACCGUUCCGCCUGAGCUGCCGCCGCUCGGUAGCUUCCAUCCGUCCAUUGUAUCUCCGCCCGGCCGGCGAUAUCCACUAGUCAGACAAGUAGCAAUAAACAAACACUGCCGAACAGUCGGCGUUGCAGCCUGCAGGCCGCGUGCACUCCGCUCUUACGCUCGACCGUCGACGUCACAUGUGUCAGUGACGUGUGUGCGCCGAGCUGGACACGGGCCAGAGAUCGCUUCCAGUGUGCUCGCCCGUCACGCGGACUAGUGUGGUGUUCUGCAGUUUUGCCGGUGCUGUUUUAUGUCCAGUUGGUGAGUCCGGCAACGCUGCGAGCAUGUUUAGGUACGUUUUACAGUUCAGUGAUAUUUUCAUUGUGUAUUAUUUAUACGCCAUUCAUCAUUAAAUGUUUGAUUCGUGA